AUGGAAACACUGGAGUCAGAAUUGACCUGCCCAAUCUGCCUGGAGUUAUUCGAAGACCCUCUCUUGCUGCCCUGUGCCCACAGCCUCUGCUUCAGCUGCGCCCACCGCAUCCUGGUGUCCAGCUGCUCCUCCAGCGACGAGUCCAUCGAGCCCAUCACCGCCUUCCAGUGCCCCACCUGCCGCUAUGUCAUCUCCCUCAACCAUCGGGGCCUGGAGGGCCUCAAGCGGAAUGUGACCCUGCAGAACAUCAUCGACCGCUUCCAGAAGGCGUCCCUGAGCGGCCCCAACUCCCCCAGCGAGAGCCGCCGCGACAGGACCUACCGCGACAGCCCCACCAUGUCCGUGGCCGGCGAGAGGAUCGCCUGCCAGUUCUGCGAGCAGGACCCCCCGCGGGACGCCGUGAAGACCUGCAUCACCUGCGAGGUCUCCUACUGCGACCGCUGCCUGCGGGCCACCCACCCCAACAAGAAGCCCUUCACCAGCCACCGCCUGGUGGAGCCGGUGCCCGACGCGCAUUUCCGAGGACUCACGUGCUUGGAGCACGAGAACGAGAAGGUGAACAUGUACUGUGUGGCUGACGAUCAGCUCAUCUGUGCCUUAUGUAAACUGGUGGGCCGCCACCGGGACCACCAGGUGGCAUCCCUCAGCGACCGCUUCGAGAAGCUGAAGCAAACCCUGGAGACAAAUCUCACCAACCUGGUUAAACGCAACAGUGAACUGGAGAACCAGAUGGCCAAGCUGAUCCAGAUCUGCCAGCAAGUGGAGGUGAACACCGCCAUGCACGAGGCCAAGCUGAUGGAGGAGUGUGAUGAGCUCAUGGAGAUCAUCCGCCAGCGCAAGCAGGUCAUCGCCGUCAAGAUCAAGGAGACCAAGGUGAUGAAGCUGCGGAAGCUGGCCCAGCAGGUCGCUAACUGCCGGCAGUGCCUGGAACGCUCCACCGUCCUCAUCAACCAGGCAGAGCACAUCCUGAAGGAGAACGACCACGCGCGGUUCCUGCAGACGGCCAGGAACGUGGCCGAGAGGGUCGCCAUGGCAACCGCAUCCUCUCAAGUUCUGAUACCAGAUAUCAAUUUUAAUGAUGCCUUUGAAAACUUCGCUUUAGAUUUUUCCAGAGAGAAGAAGCUGCUGGAGGGGCUGGAUUAUCUGACAGCGCCCAACCCGCCGUCGGUGCGCGAGGAGCUCUGCACAGCCUCCCACGACACCAUCACCGUCCACUGGAUCUCGGAGGACGAGUUCAGCGUCAGCUCCUACGAGCUGCAGUACACCAUCUUCACUGGCCAGGCCAACUUCAUCAGUAAGUCCCCGUGCGCUGUGGGUUUGUGGUCAAGGCUCAGGAAGGCUAAUAAAUUGUUCCCCCUCUCCCGCUCUGCAGGUCUCUACAACUCCAUGGACAGCUGGAUGAUCGUCCCCAACAUCAAGCAGAACCACUACACGGUGCACGGGCUGCAGAGCGGGACCCGCUACAUCUUCCUGGUCAAGGCCAUCAACCAGGCGGGCAGCAGGAACAGCGAACCCGCCCGCCUCAAGACAAACAGUCAGCCUUUUAAGCUAGACCCCAAGAUGGCUCACAAGAAGUUGAAGAUCUCCAAUGACGGGCUGCAGAUGGAGAAGGACGAGAGCUCCUUGAAGAAGAGCCACACGCCUGAGAGGUUCAGCGGGACAGGGUGCUACGGCGCGGCAGGAAACGUCUUCAUCGACAGCGCCUGCCACUACUGGGAGGUGGUGGUGGGAUCCUCGACCUGGUACGCCAUCGGCGUGGCUUACAAGUCGGCCCCCAAGAACGAGUGGAUCGGGAAGAACUCCUCGUCUUGGGUCUUCUCCCGCUGCAACAACAACUUUGUGGUGAGGCACAACAACAAGGAGAUGCUGGUGGAGGUCCACCCCCAGAUGAAGCGCCUCGGCGUCCUCCUGGAUUACGACAACAACGCGCUCUCCUUCUACGACCCGGCCAGCUCCCUCCACCUCCACACCUUCGAAGUCUCCUUCAUCCUCCCCGUGUGUCCCACCUUCACCAUCUGGAACAAAUCCUUGAUGAUCCUCUCGGGUCUGCCUGCCCCGGACUUCAUAGAUUACCCAGAGCAGCAGGAGUGUAACUGCAGGCCGCAGGAGUCCCCGUACGUGUCAGGGAUGAAAGCCUGUCACUAG